CUUUUCCUCUGAACUUUUUUAUAAGAAAUGUGCUGAAUGCCAUCCAAAGCUACUGUUUCUCUGAGUAAACAAGUCUAUUAAAAGGCAAUCUGUUUUAAUUCAAAAGCAACUUAACAAAAUCACUAUACUGAGCAUUAGGAUAACAAAUCAGUGCUGACUCGUGAGGAGAGAAGCCUACAUUCCCUUUCACUAUUAUAAACCUCAACCUCAUGUUGCUCAAUGGCCACAACCUUCUCUUCAGUUAAAGAGAAAGGCUGAUCUAAAAGUGUUUAUACAAACCUGUAUGACUUGUUUUUUCUUCUUUUGAUCACAAAAAAAGAUGUUAGGGUUUGACAGCCUUCACACAUGAAAAUGCAAGGCGUUAAAAUGCUUAACAUCUUCAGGCAAAAAAAGAAAGUAUAGAGGUUUAGAAAGACAUAAGGUUUAGUAAACGAUGGGCUAAUUUUCCUUUUUAUCAGAUGGUAGUGAUUCACGGACUGAAAUUUAAUCUGAAAAUCCUCUGAAAUAUCUGAUAUCAUGCUUGAGGAAUGUGAAUUUCCUCUUGAUUGGAAUACAGACUGUCAAAAAAAUUAUUUCUAAACAGUAUUUUAAUAUUCUUGUGCAAGAAAAAAUAAUUCAACAUGUAUUAAUUGAUUAAUUUGACAAAACUUAGAUUUUUUAAAAUGUUAAACAUGAUGAGAAUGUAUAAUGUUUCCAUCAUAGGAAGUCAAUAGUAAUAUAGUAACUGGAUAAAAAUAAUCUCUGUAUGUUGCUUUUAGAGGAAGCUAAUUCCUGUCAUUAAUCACGUGCAUGUCUUCAGCUGGUUUAACAAUUCAAACAAUAACUUAGAAACAGAAAGUAUGCACCCAUUUGAUUCCAUCAGACACAAUGGCACACAGCACAAUGUUGCUGCUGCUGAUCAGCUUGGCUCUCGCUCUGGGACCAGCCGUAGGUUUCUAUGGGGGUUCCAUGACAUUCACACCUGGAAACAGAUUUCCAGAUGGAUCAUUGGAGAUGCACUUUUACUACAGAGAGUCCAGUAUGGGUCCAUGUGGUUCUCAGGCUGACUGGAUCUGUGAGAGUGGAUCGUGUGGCAUCCUCACUAACACUGAACCUGUGGUGACCGACAGCACAGCUCAAAAUCUGUGGUGCCAAUCAGAGGUUCACAUUGCCACCAAUGUCACUAGUAAUGGUCCAUUCGUUCUGAGCUCCUCUGGUUGCUGCUGGAAGGAUAAUGUUCAUGGUGUCGGUGGAUGGACACUUCGCACUCAUGUUGACACUGGCCGUCGAUCUGACACUCAGUCUCCAAACAGAUCCCCAGUUUCAGCAGCAAUUCCAAACAUAAGGAUUCCUCAGAACUGCUUCCAGAACAUACAUUUGCUGGCACAUGAUCCAGAUAACGAUGUUGUGAGAUGCAGGUUUAAUGACGCCAACUGCACAGUGUGCCAUCAACAUCAAAACAUACAUCUUUAUCAGGAAUCAUGCACUUUGCACAGAGAAGAUUCUCUGGAAGUGGGUGUGCAUGUGUUUGAGCUCUUGCUGGAGGAUUAUCCCAUUUCCAACAUAACUCUGACUGAUGAAAAUGGGGUCUUCUCAGUCAGUAAUGCAUUCAAUGUCAGCAGUAACACAGCCGCUCUCAGUCAAGUGCCUCUGCAGUUUGCAAUUGAAAUUCUUCCACCAUCUCAGGGUUGUGUACCAGGUGUGAACAAACCAAGUUUCUUGACACCUACUCCUCUACAUGGAGAUGUGCAUCAUGCCGCUGUGGGAGAGGAGCAUGAGAUCACCCUGCGAGCACAGAUCUCCGACAACAGCAUCUUUGACUUCCAGGUCAGUGGCCCCUCUAAUAUGUCUAAGACCUUGACAAGUGAGAACAAUGGGGUUUUGGUUGCAACACUGACUUGGACUCCACAGAAGACGGAUUUGUACCGUCGUGUACCUGUGUGUUUCGCAGCAGAGGCACUUCACAGUCAGUCAGAAAUGAGGUGCAUCAUUGUGGCUGUGGCAAAAGCAAGGGUUCUUUCAGGUGAAGCAAAGGUCAUCUGUGACGAUAACAGUAUCAGCAUUGUAGUCAGUAAAGCCUCCAUGGAUGGGAUUGACCAGAACUGGCUCCAACUGCGAGACCCCACCUGCUCCCUUACCUCUAAUGCAACCCACAUCCUGGGCACGAUGUCCCUCAACACCUGUGGCACUACAAUGGAUGACUCUGGAGAUUUCAUCGUCUUCAAAAACGAGAUCAACUCCUUCGAGAACCAGAAUGCUGUUAUCACCAGACGCAAUCAAGUUAAAUUCGGCUUCUCCUGCCAGUAUCCCAAAAUGGCCAGCGUCUCCAACCGCUAUGUUAACCAUAAAUCUGACUACAUCUUCACUGAAUCUAGCUUUGGCACAUUUGGUUACUCGUUUGAAGUUUUCACCGACAACAGCUUCAGAAGUCAGGUGGAUCCCAGCCUGUAUCCGGUGCAGGUUCAGCUGAUGGACCAGAUCUACAUGGGCAUUGAAGCUCGUACUGCUCUACCAGAGGUCACUCUCUUCGUCGAGUCCUGCAGAGCCACUCCAGAAGACAAUCCAUUCAGUGCUGUCUUUUAUGACAUCAUCAAAGAUGGGUGUAUUUUGGAUGAUACAGUUAAAGCUUACCCAAGCAUCUCCACAAAGUAUGACUUUGAGAUCCAAGCUUUCAAGUUCACUGGAGGCUUUGAUGAGGUGUACAUUAGCUGCUCCGUGAUCCUGUGUGCAAAAGACAGCUUAAACUCCAGAUGUGCCCAAGGCUGCCUAAGUCAAGCAGCACGGAGACGUAGGCGAGAUGUGAGCCAAGAAACUGCCAGGCACUACAUCACCCAGGGUCCCUUGCGUGUGGCAAGACAGACUCAUAAUGCUGCAUCAAAAGAUGGUGGAUUUCUACACAUCAGCACAAGCACCGGGGUCUUUGCAGGACUCUUUGUUGUCUCCAUUGCCGUCUUGGUGGGGAUUUUGGUAUAUAAUGUCAGAAGAACAAGAUCUAUUGACCGCAUGCAUCUACUGUCCACUUUCUGAGAUCCUUUCGUGGCUAGUUUGAGUAGACGCACAAAGAACUAGAUUCUUUCAGUUUCUAGUGUAUCGCAUACAUAAGCAGUAAAUGAACAGGUUUUUUUUUUUUUUUUGGAGUAAAUGGUAUAAUCACACAACAAUGAUCUUUGGUGUGGCUGGUAUUAUACUAAUUCUUAGAUAUCAUCUUUUUUUUCCACUUAUUUCCUUCUUCACUUUCACACAACAUGCCUCACUGAACAUAACACCGUUAUUAGGAUAUAUAAUUACAAUACCAAGAAUGAGAUGGCAUUACAGUGCGGUUGGGAGAACAUAACCUUUACAAAUGAAUGUUGGUUUUAAAAUAAAAUGCACAUUUCAGG